AUGUUUCCGGGAGGCGAUGCUGACAGAGCAAUCAUGGACCUUGCUAUUGUGGCAUUUUGGGGAAUGGCGAGAUUGGGGGAGCUAACUUACGAAAAAACUACGGGUGACCUCAAUAAAUCGGACUCCGUGUUAACGUCAGACGUUCGACUCGUGAAAUCGGCUAUCGGAGAGAAAGUGAUACUUUCUAUACGAAACGCAAAGACAGCGGAACCGGGGAAACCUCAAGAAAUUGUCUUACAUAGCUUAAAGAAUAUGUUAUGUCCAGUUUUGGCGAUCAAAAGACGGAUAGAAGAAGCGAAAGGACACAACACGUCUUUGUUUGGCUUUAACCGAGAUGGAGAUCGAAAACAUCUCACGAGGUCUAUCGCGGUUAAUAGGAUUCAACUAGUACUUAGGACCGGCGGUUUUGAAGGACUUCUUGGGCACUCAUUUAGAGUAGGAGGAGCGUCACUACGAUAUGCGUUGGGCACCCCAGUAGAGGAAAUUUGUGUCCUCGGACGCUGGGUAUCAAACUGUUAUAGAUUAUACAUUAGAGAGUAUAGCGCAGAAGAUACAGCCAACAGCAAAAGAAUUAUAGAUGAGUUGAAUGAGUUGUGGAAAGAGGAUUAG